AUGGAAGUGGUAAUCAAGAGGCCCUACAUCGAAGUAUUCGAACGGAUACUGAAGCUCUUCACAUCGGUGAGCGAACAUCUGCACCUCCGACUCACGCGCAGCAAGCUAGAGCUUAUCGGGUCCAACAACUUAACAAACGAGUUGAUAAUUCACGUGGACAAAAAGUUUUUCUCCCUGGGCAAUGUGGACUGUGAUGAGAAGAGCGCCAGUGGCUCCCUCAGCUCGAAAGACUUGUACCACUGUCUGUUUAGCUACCAAAUAACGAAACUGUUGAGGAGUCAUGGGAGUUCCCACGGGGGGCACUACGAAAGGGGUCAGCAGGGAAGGUUGGCGACGGCAUCUGCAGGGGGAACUGUCCACUGUGGGAGGAAACAUGCCAGCGAUGAUGGCGGCAGCAGCGAUGAUGGUGAGAGCGGCGAUGAUGGGGGUAGCAGCGCCAACCGCUCUUGCGUCGCCACGGAGCUGUCCAAACUGAUUCUCAAAUUCAACAAGAAGAACGGCACCCUGGAGGUAGCCCUGAAGUUUAAAAAGCGCAAUACGCACUGUAGCGCGGUGCUCAAAUUGAGGCCCUUUUGCAACCCAAUAAAAAGUUAUGUGUAUAAAAAUGAAUCCAUUAUACAAGUAGAACCAACUCUCUUUUUGAUCAACCUGAAGGACCUAGCCAAUGAAAGAAAUGUUUUUCUGAACAACACAGAUGACGCCAUUGUCUUGAGUGCUAUAGAAACCUCCGACUUUAGUCUAAACAAAGAAAAAAUAAAAAGAGAGCACUUCUUUUAUAACAAUAAAAAAAUAUCCAUCCCGUCCAGUAAAACCAAAUACUUCUUCAAAAACAAAAAGUUUGAGGAUCACAGCUUGGCACUUCCUCUCAGUGAAUUAAAACUCAUUUUUAAAUUUUGCUCCGACUUGAAUUUGUUAUGUUUAUUUGCCACCCCAAAUUUUAAAGAGAAUGUGGUCAUCUGCUUUGGGGGUCUUAUUUCACGCAUUCUACAAAAGAAUAAAAGGAGAAUUUUUUCCCAGCGGCGCGGUAGGAACAAGGGGGGAGGUGCAGAGUUCAUGCAAGAGACCCACUGGGGGGAAGAAGCACUUGCCAAGGAAGGAAAAAAAAGCCGAAUGUACAAUCACAGUGUCUACACAAAGAAUCCAUACCCAUACGGAACUCUUCACUUACAAAUGCAAGAGCAAGAGGAGGAGGAGGAGGAGGAGGAGGAGGAGGAAGAGGAAGAGGAAGAGGAAGAAAAAGGACCACCCCAAUCGUGCGUUUUAUACCUCUCCGAUGAGAAUAACUCAAGUGAUGAAUACGAUUCCGAUGUGGAUGAAAUAGACCAACAAACUUUGUACUUUUCACCUGCACAUGAUCAGGCAAAUUUGUGCAACAAUGAGGAGAUGCAUUACAAUGACAUUAUAACGGGGCGAAUCCAUUUUACGUCCUACUUCAACAUGUCAUGCAAUUUUAAUGAUUAUAAUUUUAGUUCAGACGACGUGGUUGGAAAUUACUUUGGAGUGUCUUCUUCACACGAGGUGAAAGGGGUGCACGCCCAGGAUAGCACAGUGGAAGGGGAAUUACUGAACCGCCCGCAGAGGGAACAAACAAGUGAGCGAUGCGAAGUGAGCACCGGUGAAAACGCACCAGGGGAUAUGCCAACCAAGGAAGAAGAAGAAGAAGAAGAAGAAGAAGAAGGUAGUAGGCAAACGUGUAACAUAAAGUUGGAGAAGCAGGAAGGUGUGAACUGGUCAAACAAAAGGCGUGAUCCCAGUGAGGAGAAUAAUUCACGUCAUAUAAAAAAAAAGUGCAGAAAGAGGGAACCAGCGGACCAAGGAUCCUAUCCCGAUCUAAGUGAAGAAAAGGAGAAAGAAAAGGAAAAGGAAAAGGAAAAAGAAAAAGAAAAAGAAAAACACAUGAAGGAGGUUGCUCGGACGAUCGCACCCCCCACUGAGGAUCUAAACUAUGAUGUGUUCAUAAGAGGAAAUAAAAAAAAAGAGGUGGACAGCUACUUCAAAAUGGAGAUAAAAAUAAAACAGCUCGAAAGGACUCUCCAAAUGGUGGAAAAAAUGGAACAGCUGAACCAAAGAAGUGUGGUCGGGUCUAAAGGAGGGAGGAGUCGUGACGUAGCUUCUUCCUUCCCUAACAGAAUGGAUGAAAAAAUUGAAAAAAAAAAAAAUAAAAAAAUAAAAAAACAAGCAAACAAACCAGAUUGCUCUCUUUCCAACUCGUAUGAAAGGAAUGAAAAAAGGAGAAGGAACUUCAGGAAGACAUCCAAGAGGGUGUGUGUACCAUCCUGUGAGAGUGCAUCUGUGGAAGAAAACAGCCGCAGUAGUUUUGAUACCCCGUCGGAUGAGUUCAACUGUUCAGAUAGCAACAAGUUCUACUCAGUAGGUGAUGAAGGGGACUCACUCUCCACUGCAUCACCACAGAUUGAACAGGACGAGGAAUUCGAAAGGUACUUUGAAAACGUGUACUCCAAGUAUCAUAUGCGUGAAAAUGUAAGUGACUUUAGGAGGAGGCUCUGCGAAAGGGAUGGCCAGGUCGGGGGUGCCUACUAUAUACCACUUCAAAGUUGCAAUCAGGAAAGGGGGGCUGAAAAGAGGAUUCCCCCACGUGCCGCCACAAGUUCGCAGUGUAGGCGGUUAAGCAUGGGCACAGGUGGGGCAGCCAACUCGUGGAGGGAGGUGUAUAGGGAGGAGACCUAUCAUCCGUACAGACUAAAACAGGACGAACGAUUUGAUUAUCGCCAAGGGGGAGAGACUACGAGGAGGCUCCCCUGA